AUGUCACUUUCCCCCAUUGAAAAAGCUGCUAGUGGAGCGUUAGCAUCUGCCAUUGCCAACACAUUGGUCUAUCCACUCGAUCUAAGCAAAACUUUAAUUCAAACCCAGGUUGUCAAGCCUAGCGAGAAGGCCACAAGCCUUGAAGAUUCCACAUAUGUGCCCGUUGCAACUCCAGGAAAGCUCAAAUAUAAAAAUACAUUGGAUUGUCUUAGACAAAUCUACAAGAAAAAGGGGAUCUUAGGUUGGUAUCAUGGACUUUUAUCAUCAAUUUUCGGUACUGCUGCUCAAAACUUUUCAUAUUUCUAUUGGUACAGUCUUGUUAAAAGAGUGUAUGCUAAUCUUUAUAAGCAUAUUCCAAACCAUAAACCUACAACUGCCACUGAACUCUUUUUGGGGGCUCUUGCAGCAGCUAUUUCCCAACUUUUCACUAUGCCAAUUGGUGUUAUAACAACUCAACAACAAACCGAUAAGUCCCAAAAAAGUUUGAUUCAAUUAGGACAAGACAUUUUAGAACAAGAUGGUAUUAGUGGAUUAUGGAGAGGCUUAAGAGUAUCCAUGGUCUUAUGCAUUAAUCCAUCGAUUACUUAUGGAUCUUAUGAAAGAUUGAAACAAAUCUUAUAUGCCAACAAGGAAUUCUUGGGACCAUUAGAAUCCUUUUCAAUUGGAGUUUUAGCUAAAUCUUUAGCUACACUUGCAACUCAACCAUUAAUUGUCUCAAAGGCAAUGUUACAAAAGAAAUCUACUUUGAAAAAGAAGAAUACUAGCAAUAAUGUAGAAGGUGAUGAAGAAGAAGAUGAAGAUAUUAAAUUUGAUACUUUUACCCAAGCAUUAGCUCAUCUUUGGAAGACUGAAAAGGUUAAGGGUCUUUAUAAAGGCAUUGCCCCUCAAUUGUUGAAAGGUGUCUUUGUUCAAGGAUUAUUAUUUAUGUUUAAAGACCAACUUGAUAUCUUAUUUUUAUUUUUAUUAAAUUUAGUAAGAGCAAAGAGAGGUUUGGCUAAAAGAAGGUGA